AUCAUCUUUCCUUCUUCUUCUUCUUCUUCUUCUUUUCUUCAUCUGAUAACCUAAUUCUUCUUCUUCUUCUUGUUCUUCAUAAUCAUGUCGAAAGUGACAGAUAACGGUGAGUUUUGGCUUCCAAAUGAUUUCCUCAACGAUGAAGACAUACGCAUGACUGGUUCCAAGCUUAAAAGAGACAUCUAUGGUUCAACUCAGCAUUUUCCGACUGCUUUUGACUCUUUUAGGAACUCCCCUUUUGAAUCUCUUUUCAGUUCAACAGAAACAGAGAGUGAUGAGGAAGAGUCACUUGAAUGGUUGAAUCGAAAAAUCUCUUCAUCUUCUCUACAAGAUGAUUUGUGGGCUUUUCGCCAUGAGAAUAUUAAGAAGAGGGAUUGCAUGGAGAAACUAUCUCGAAGUGGGUUUUCCGGUAUACCCAAGUGUGCUGCUCCGGUGGCGCCGCCGCCGUUAGUUGACCGGAGUGAUGCGGCAUGGGAUAUUCUUUAUGAAGCGGCUAAGGAUCUUGCUAGAAUGCGUUUACUUGAAGAAGCUCAUGGGUUAUAUGAAAACAGGGGAUUAAGGAAUCACGGCCAUGGAUUUAAUACUUUAAAGAGGCAGAACUCUGAUUUCGGGGCGGGAUUUAAUGAGUACAAGCAACUUCAACUUGCUCAGUUUAUGCAGAUGCAACAACAUCAACAAAUGAUGAAGCAACAGCAACAACAACAGCAUCAGCAACAGGAAAAUGGUAUUUGGGGAAGAAAUGAUAAAACCGGUGGUGUAUACCCAAAUAAUCAUCAAACCCGACAAGUUAUUCAGAACAGAAUGCCUAUUCCCGACAGAAACAACCCUGUUUUGCAUCAGAUUAAACCAAACCAACCUCUGCCACAAUCUGGUUCAGGAAUGAGGGCAGUCUUCCUUGGCGGCAACACCGGUCCAAAACGUGAAUGCGCCGGCACAGGAGUUUUCCUCCCACGUCAGGCAGGUAGUCCAGCUGAUACCCGAAAGAAACCUGGUUGUUCCACUGUUUUACUUCCUGAUAGAGUUGUUCAGGCUUUGAAUCUGAAUCUUGAAGCCAUGGAAAUGAAAACCCAUAACCAAUCUCGCCCAAACAUGUCCAUUCCUGCUCAUUAUGGGGGUUAUCGUGGAGAUGUUCUUGUUAAUCAGAAAGGAAGCAGCAGCAGCAGCAACAGUGUUACAGGGAAGACAACUGUUAAUCAGGAAAUCAGUCUUCCACAAGAGUGGAUCUACUGAAGAAGAUGAAGAAGAAUAGUUAACCCCCCUUUUUUGCAUGGGUUUGGUUGAUAUAAUAAAUACUAGUACUAAUGGGGUGGAUUUUGAUUUUUGUAAGCAUGGGGAGGAACUUUGUUAAUGAUUUAGUGAUAAUACUGAAAAACCCUAGAAUAGUUAGUGGCGGAUAAGUGAAAGAAAGAAAUACUCUAUCUACAGUCUAUAAACAGGUUGAAGAUGAUGAUGAUGAUGAUUGAUGAAAAAUGAAGAACAGUUUUUGGUGGGUUUUUAGAUAUUUUAGAUAUAUGAUCCCUGAAUCUCUAUAAUUGUUAUAAUAAGGGCUUUUGUUGUUUGUUUUAAAUUGAUUUGUUUUUAUGCUAAUGUUAUUAUGAUUGUAUUUCUUUAUAAUGUAUUUUUUUGUGAAUGUAAUAAAUCACUGCCAAAGAUAAUAAUAACUAAUUUAAAAUUUCUACUU